AUGCUGCUCACCCUUGGUAAAACUGACAUUCGUCAUGCCCACCUGCACGAUGAGUCCGGGAACACAGUAUACAAGAUCAAUACCCCCCACCUGUCGUCGCACACGACCAUCCACAGGGGUCACUGGCACACCGUCGCGCGGAUUGAUUGGCAUUGGGGUCAGUCGGCGACGUUCCACGUGGACGGACACAAGAUGAAGUCGAAGCAUUUUAUUCGGAAGCGGGGGUGGAUACACAACACGUACACAUUCUCAGGACCGGACGGUGUUCGGUACGAAUGGAAGCAGAGAGGAGAUACAUACGAGCUUCGCACAAAGGAUGGGCACCAUACCGUCGCGCUCUUUCAUCCUCCACACUGGCAUUUACUACGCUCGAACGAGAAGGCCUCGCUGGAAAUAUUUCCCGCGGGCCACCACGUCGCGGACACGAUUGUCAUGACAUUGCGGACCAAAGUCGAGGCCGGAGUCGGGAUCAAAGUCGAGAUCGAGAUCGAGGUCGAGGUCUAG